UGAUUCCAUCAACAAAACAAGAAGCAUAUGAGUUGUAUGGUAUCAUUAUCUAACAUCUAUAAAUACCACCUCCCCUUUAAAGACUUCUUCAACCUUUCUUCCUUCUACAACACCAGCCUAAGCACAAAAACAAAAACCAUUGAAUAUGUCAGCCCUGAACCAACUUUUCAAUCUCUCUGAACAGAUUUGUUAUGUACAAUGUGGUUUCUGCACCACUAUUCUACUGGUUAGCGUUCCAUGCAGCAGUUUAUCAAUGGUGGUGACAGUCAGAUGUGGCCACUGCACAACCCUCCUCUCAGUCAAUAUGAUGAAAGCCUCAUUUGUUCCACUGCAACUCUUAGCUUCACUAAGCCAAACUCACGAGCAAAAAGAAGAGGUAGAUUUCGAGGAAAUGGAGGCACAAAAUGCCAUUGACACGUGCAGCCCUGUGGUUUCUUCUGACAACGAAGAAGGGGAUAGUGUCUCCGUGAAUCAAAUUGUUACCAAACCUCCAGAGAAAAGACAAAGAGCUCCCUCAGCAUACAACCAAUUUAUCAGAGAAGAGAUCAAGAGGCUCAAAGCUGAAAAUCCAAAUAUGGCUCAUAAGGAAGCGUUUAGUGCAGCUUCGAAAAAUUGGGCUCAUUUCCCUCCAACUCAGCACAUAGAAGAUGGAGAGAGCUGUAACCAGGGAGAGGAGGAGAAUAAUAUAACAUGGGAUUCUGAUGUCAAUAAGGUCCAUGAAGAGGGCAAAGAUUUCCGUGAAAAAAAGGGCCUCAAAGAUAUCUAUAUAUAUGACCAAAAGCAACCAUUUAGUGAGUGUUGAAGGGUUGAUCUAAUUUUCCAUUAGAAGCAAGUAAUUUCUUUUUAGGGGGGCCAAUAUUGGGUUAAUCAUGAGUCACUUUAUUAAUGUAGAUGCUCUAUAGCUAGGGAAUGAAGUUUUUAGUGAAAGUGUCACUGUGUCAGUCGCUCAAAGAAGUAAUACUCUAGCUUUCAAAAUGCGAUGAUUCAAGAGUUUUGAGAGGUUUUAAAAAAACUUUUUCUAAUGUAACCUUCUAUUAGUUAGUAAAAUUCUAUUUUGUGU